AAACUAUAGAAGAGGAAAUAAGACUCAAAAGAAUAAGAAAAAGAAGAAGACUCAUAAGCUUAAGCUCGUACAUAAUGAAGACAUGAAUUUCUCUCGACCUCAACGCUUAGUGACCUUGGCAGACUUCCUUCCAAAAAGCUUCCUUUGUGAUCAUCAGGAUGAAGACCCAGAAGUCGUUGCGUGUCAUGCUAUCAACACAACGGAGGAAGAAAUAAUCCCUCCAAGAUCACUAGAAAGAGAGGGAGUAUCAAAAGACCUUUCAAGGUUUAAUGUAGAGGAUCUAUUAUCACUUCCUCAAGAGACCAAAACCAUCCUUAUUGAUGCAUUGCUAAAUUCAAGAGCAUCAAGUUCGAGUACUCCGACUAUGACAUAUGAGAGUGGUUCUUAUUGUAUGUCUAUAGACUUCUCAGAUGAGGAUUUGUUGUUGGGAUCUAAACUUCAUAAUAGACCUUUGUAUGUUUCUGGAUACGUUCGAGAACAGAGAGUCGAUCGAAUCCUCAUUGAUAAUGGCUCAGCUGUCAACAUAAUGCCAAAGUCGACUAUGUGGCAAUUAGGCAUCUUGAUGGACGAGCUCUCAAAUAGCAAGCUAGUAAUUCAAGGUUUUAACCAAGGUAGCCAAAGAGCAAUAGGCAUGAUACGGUUAGAACUCAUAAUUGGCGACCUAAAGGCCAGUGCAUUGUUUCAUGUCAUAGACUCAAGGACUACUUACAAGUUGUUACUAGGGCGUCCUUGGAUUCAUGGAAACGGAGUAGUAACUUCAACACUGCAUCAGUGCUUCAAAUUUUAUCAGGACGGUGUAAAGAAGGUUGAAGCCGACUCUAAUCCAUUCUCAGAAGCUGAGUCUCACUUCGCAGAUGCAAAGUUUUAUUCAAAGAAUAAUAAUAUUUUAGAAGUUUUGCCUGCAGAAACCCCUCUUACAAAAGGAGAAGAUAAUUCACAAUUGAAAUCACUCGCAACCACAGAACCACAUGAAAGUGCGAGAACCUUUAACUCUGGAAAGGGUGAAGCAUACACUAGCAGCACAAAGGGUAUGAUCUUGAAGGAUGAAAAUGCUGCAAACACACCAGUUUUGCGUUAUGUCCCUCUGUCAAGGCGCAAGAAAGGCGAAUCACCAUUCAUGGAGUCUCCAAAAGGUUUGAAAGUUGGUGACAUCGAAAUCAUAAAAGAAAGCUUCACUACACCACUAACUAAGAUAGCGAAGCAAGAGGUAAAGGUAGAUCUGGUGGAAGCAAACUUGCCCCAAAGGCGAACGAAAGACGGAUUCGACCCCAAGGCUUACAAAUUGAUGGCGAAAGCAGGUUAUGACUUCACAGCUCACACCGAGUUUAAAAGCUUGGAAAUUCAUGACCGACCUGAGCUCUCCUCAACUCAAAAGAAGCUUCUACGGGAAGGACAUUCUAUACCCGUGUCGAGAAAAGGACUCGGAUACAAGUCGCCAGAACCGAUCCGUAUAACUAAAAAGGGGAAGGAAAAAGUGGUUGACAUCAAUCAUAUAACUAUAGAGGAGGAUGACAAUACUGACGUAAAAGAAGGUGAUAAUCAGAGAAUCUCAGUAUUUGAUCGAAUUAGACCAUCUGUUGCACGUCCCGUAGUAUUUGAAAGGCUAAGCAUGACAGAGGCAGAAAGAGAAAGGCUCCAGUCAGUACCAAACCUUGAGAGACAUUCGGUCUUUCGAAGGCUAACUACGACUCCCAUAAAGGAAGAAAGCACAUGCCAUGCCUUGACAACUACAAGACCAUCAGCCUUUGAAAGGCUAGGUGUGUCUAAAAAGAAAAAUGUACAAGCACCCCGUGCUCCGAUUUUUAAUCAUCUCGGGGAUAAAGGAUCACACGACAACAUUGAUUCCAACAUAGAUACAAAGAAGAAGGAACCAAUGUCUCGUGUGAAAGUUUGGCGUCGAAUUAAGCAUACAGAUGUCGAUAAUUAUCGUAGUAAGAAGUUUCCUUGCGAGACAAAGGAAAAUGGAGAAAUUCAUAGCAACGUUCCUUCUCGCAUGAAAAGAAAAACUUUUGUUACUCUCAAUACAAGUCAAGGUUCGUUAAAGGUAAAAAGACAUGAUGUUAUACUAACGAAUCCUGAAAAAGAAGGGUCGGAACAAGGGGAAUGUGAAACUUCAUGUCAUCACAUCACCAUUAUUGAGGAAUCAGAGACUGGAACUCAUGAAGAAGACGCAGAAAAUGCCCCACAAAGUUUAGAGGAUGGUGGUCAAUCUACUGUAGACGAGCUAAAAGAGGUGAACCUUGGUACAAUAGAGGAACCACGUCCGACUUUCAUUAGUGCGUCCCUCUCUAAUGAAGAGGUGGAUAAAUAUAUGAGUUUGCUCACCGAAUACAGGGACAUCUUUGCGUGGUCGUACAAGGAGAUGCCAGGACUUGACCCAAAAGUAGCAGUCCAUCAUCUUGCAAUUAAACCUGGAUAUCGACCGAUUAAACAAGCACAACGACGUUUUCGACCGGAGCUUAUCCCUCAAAUCGAGGUGGAAGUCAACAAGUUGAUCGAAGCAGGAUUCAUUCGCGAGGUCAAAUAUCCAACGUGGAUAGCAAACAUUGUCCCUGUUAGAAAAAAAAAUGGACAACUUCGCGUUUGUGUAGACUUUCGCGAUCUGAAUAAUGCAUGCCCUAAAGAUGAUUUUCCCUUGCCCAUCACCGAAAUCAUGGUUGAUGCAACUACUGGACACGAGGCGUUGUCGUUUAUGGAUGGGUCGUCUGGAUAUAAUCAAAUACGGAUGGCCCUCUCAGAUGAAGAAAUGACAGCUUUCAGAACUCCAAAGGGAAUAUACUGUUACAAGGUGAUGCCCUUUGGAUUGAAAAAUGCCGGCGCUACUUAUCAACGUGCCAUGCAGAAAGUGUUUGAUGAUAUGUUGCACAGGUAUGUUGAAUGUUAUGUUGAUGAUCUUGUAGUCAAAACAAAGAGACGACAAGACCAUUUGAAGGAUCUAAAAGUCGUGUUUGAUCGCUUGCGAAAAUAUCAGCUAAGGAUGAACCCUCUCAAGUGUGCGUUUGGUGUAACUUCAGGAAAAUUUCUUGGCUUCAUUGUAAGGCAUCGAGGGAUCGAAAUAGACCAGUCCAAGAUUGAUGCCAUUCAGAAGAUGUCAAGACCUAAAAGUUUGCAUGACCUAAGAAGUCUCCAAGGACGACUGGCUUACAUCCGAAGGUUCAUCUCUAACUUGGCCGGUCGGUGUCAACCUUUUCAAAAGUUGAUGAGAAAAGGAGAAAAUUUUGUGUGGGAUGAAGCUUGUCAGAACGCUUUUGAUAGCAUAAAGAAAUACUUGCUUACUCCCCCAGUGCUGGGAGCUCCAGUACCUGACAAACCACUAAUAUUGUACAUUGCUGCACAAGAAAGGUCCUUAGGAGCAUUACUGGCACAAGAAGAGGUAAAGGGAAAGGAGCGUUCUCUCUACUAUCUAAGCAGAACAUUAAUUGGGGCUGAAGUUAACUAUUCUCCUAUCGAAAAGAUGUGUCUUGCACUUUUCUUUGCCAUUGAUAAGUUGAGGCAUUAUAUGCAGGCCUUCACGGUUCAUCUAGUGGCAAAAGCAGACCCUAUAAAGUAUGUUCUAUCCAGGCCAAUCAUCGCUGGACGCUUAGCCAAAUGGGCGGUUCUACUCCAACAAUAUGACAUUGUCUAUAUUCCCCAAAAGGCGAUAAAAGGACAAGCGCUAGCAGACUUUUUAGCAGACCACCCAAUUCCUUCGGAUUGGAAGUUAUGUGAUGACCUACCAGACGAUGAGGUUUUCUUCACAGAAGUUAUGGAACCUUGGACUAUGUACUUCGAUGGUGCAGCUCGAAGAAGUGGUGCGGGGGCAGGCAUUGUCCUCAUUUCUCCUGAGAAGCAUAUGUUGCCUUAUAGCUUUGCACUUUCCGAAUUGUGUUCAAACAAUGUGGCUGAAUAUCAGGCUUUGAUAAUUGGCCUUCAAAUAGCAUUAGAAAUCGGAGUGUCAUUCAUAGAGGUCUAUGGUGAUUCAAAAUUGAUAAUCAAUCAACUCUCGCUUCAAUAUGACGUGAAACAUGAAGACUUGAAGCCAUAUUUUGCUUAUGCUCGACAAUUGAUGGAAAAGUUUGAUAAUGUGAUGUUAGAACAUGUCCCUAGAGUAGAAAAUAAGAGAGCGGAUGCAUUGGCAAAUUUAGCCACGGCCUUGACCAUGCCAGAUGAUGUAACUCUGAACAUACCACUUUGUCAACGAUGGAUUAUACCCCCAGUUAGGCCUGAAUGUCAGGAAGUGAACAUGGCAACAUCCUAUUUGAUUGAUGAAGAAGAUUGGCGUCAACCCAUCAUAGAGUAUCUUGAACAUGGAAAGCUUCCAAAGGAUUCUCGUCAUAAAAUUGAGAUACGAAGAAGGGCAGCACACUUCAUUUAUUACAAGGGAACUUUAUAUCGCCGUUCUCUUGAAGGGCUCUUCCUUCGAUGUCUCGGAAAGGAAGAUUCGGUAAAAGCUCUAAAGGAAGUACAUGCAGGUGUUUGUGGAGCACAUCAAUCGGGACCAAAGCUUCAAUUCCAGCUAAGAAGAAUGGGCUACUACUGGCCUAAGAUGAUCCAAGAUUCAAUAGACUAUGUGAAGAAGUGUGAGCCUUGUCAAUACCAUGCAAACUUCAUACACCAACCUCCAGAACCUCUUCAUCCAACUGUGGCUUCUUGGCCUUUUGAGGCUUGGGGACUCGAUCUGGUUGGCCCCAUUACACCAAAAUCAUCAGCAGGACAUUCUUAUAUCCUAGCAGCAACAGACUAUUUUUCAAGGUGGGCUGAGGCCAUUUCAUUGAGAGAAGCCAAGAAGGAGAACGUGGCAGACUUUAUUCGAACACACAUCAUCUAUCGAUACGGUAUUCCACAUCGAAUCGUGACGGAUAAUGGAAAGCAAUUCUCCAAUAGUAUGAUGGACAAGUUAUGUGAAAAAUUCAAAUUCAAGCAAUAUAAGUCAUCCAUGUACAACGCAGCUGCGAAUGGACUAGCAGAAGCAUUCAACAAAACAUUGUGUAAUCUUUUAAAGAAAAUUGUCUCCAAGUCAAAGAGGGAUUGGCAAGAAAAGAUCGGCGAGGCAUUAUGGGCUUAUCGAACGACUCAUCGCACCCCUACAGGGGUUACACCAUAUUCGCUUGUUUACGGUGUGGAGGCUGUCCUUCCUCUCGAAAGGGAAAUUCCGUCACUAAGAAUGGCAGUACAAGAGGGAUUGACUACCGAAGAUAAUGUGAAGUUACGUCUUCAAGAAUUAGAAGCACUUGACGAAAAGCGAUUAGAGGCUCAGCAAGCAUUGGAAUGUUAUCAAGCGAGAAUGUCCAAAGCUUUUGAUAAACACGUUAAACCUCGCUCCUUUCAAGUCGGUGAUCUAGUACUUGCCGUAAGGAGACCGAUCAUCACAACAAGGCAUACAGGAAAUAAGUUCACACCUAAAUGGGAUGGACCUUACAUUGUUAAAGAAGUUUAUACAAAUGGCGCAUACAAGAUCGUUGAUCAAGACGGACUACGAAUUGGCCCAAUCAAUGGUAAAUUUCUUAAAAAAUUUUAUGCUUAAUUUUGUUAGGUAAAAAAAAAAAAAAA